AUGAUGGGGUAUGCACAUUUGAUCUUCCUAUCUAUCUUCUCAAUUCCUGUGACAUCUGAAAUGUUUGAUACAAUGGAAGGUGAGGCUUUCGUUAUAAAAUGCCCCCUGUGGAGGUCAGCAGUGAAGGUCAGCUGGUAUCACACAGAUACUAACAAAAUGAUUCCUGCAGAAGAAAGAGGAUCACGAAUAUUUUCCUUGCAACAAUUUCUUUGGUUUCUGCCAACUUCUAGAGAGGAUUCUGGAAACUACACCUGUGUUAGACAUUUUCCAGAUAAUCGCACAAGUUCAUUCAACACGAAUGUGCAGGUGCACCCAUUCAAGCAAGGAGUGUGCUUCCCAAGUCAGAUUCGUUAUGCAAAUGACACUGGAAUUGGAAAAAUCGUUUGUCCUACAAUUGAUAAUUAUAAGAAUGCUACUAUCAUCCAAUGGUACAAGGACUGCAAACCUCUUCAGGGACAGAAAUACUCCAAGAGAGGAAAAUAUAUUUUUUUUAACAACCCAGGAAAGGAGGACGAUGGUUAUUAUACUUGUCAAUUUAUCUACACUCAUAAAGGAAAUGUGUUUAAUGUAUCAGCAACAAGGAUUUUCAUAAGUAAGGAAAAACCCUCACCUUUACCUCUUCAAAUUUUAUUUCCAAAGGAUAAAGAUGUAGUAAAAGUGGAGCUUGGUGAUGCUUUGUCUCUGAAAUGUAAGGCCCGCCUGGGGAUUAAGAAACAGCCAAUAGCUUUUGUCGCAUGGGAUAUAGAUAACAACCCAGUGAAGCAUUUAAAUUUGUCAAGAUUUCAUGAAAAAACUCAUUUUUUUGAAGGACUUGAUCAGGUACAUUAUGGAGAGACAACUUUGGAUAUCACUGAAGUAAAAAAGGAGGAUCUGCAGGCAAAUUUCACAUGUGUAGUGGUGAAUGAAAUGCACAACACAAAAGCCACAGUGACAUUAGAACUCAAAGCACAGUGUGAAGUGGGUCUCCCUAACAUCCUCUUGAUCACAGGAUCUCUAGUUCUACUACUUGCAAUAGCAGUGUCUGUUAUACUUUAUCAGUCCUUCCAAGUUGAUAUCGUCCUGUUGUAUCGAGAGAUAUUUCAGCCUUAUUCUGUCAAGGAUGAUGGGAAGCUAUAUGAUGCAUAUGUUAUCUAUCCCAAAAACCACACCAAUGAAGCUGAUUUUGUGGAAUAUUUUGUUUACCAAAUCAUGCCAGAUAUUCUAGAAAAUAAAUGUGGAUAUAAACUGUGUAUUUAUGGGAGAGAUAUAUAUCCUGGAGAAGAUACAGCCAGCGCAAUUGAGAAGAGGAUGCAGAAGAGCAGACGGCUAAUCAUCCUUCUAACACACCAGUUGAUUAAUUGUAAAGAACAUGCUUAUGAUCAACACAUUGCUUUAUACAAUGCCCUCAUUCAAAAUGAUACAAAGGUGAUCCUGCUGGAAAUGGAAGCAAUUGGGACUUAUGAUAAGCUUCAGGAAUCUCUUAGGUUUAUUAUCAAGCAGCAAGGUACCAUCAAAUGGAAAGAGCAGCACACUGCACAACCACAGUCAUCCAAUUCUAAGUUCUGGAAACAGGUGAGGUAUCAUAUGCCACUGAGACUCAAGUCCUCACACUCAACUCAUACUGGGUGA